AUGGCGUCAGCUGAAUUUUUAGAGCAAGCUUUGUCUACAGACGUUGACGAGAAUGCAGUGAACGCUAUCGUAGGAUCGCUUGAAAAUCAAUUAGUCACCUCAGUUUCGUCGUGCGGGUUGCGGAGUAAAGUAGUGAAUGUGAUUCAGGGCCAGAUUCCUAAUAUAUCGUCUAGUGUGAGUUCUAAUAUUGGUGUACAAAAAUAUAACACGGAGCAAAUCGUUAACAGUGGACUAAUUCCUUCUUCUGUGGUCUCGAACAGCAGUGUAUCUUACAAUAAUGUAUUAGCGUGUGCUUCGUCAACCUUUGUAUCUCAAAGUUUCUCUGGCGCCGUUUCUAAUUCUGGUGAAAAUAUAAAAGUGUUAUACAGUCAGUCACCUAACUUGGCUAAGAACAAUCGUUUGUCGUACCAAUCUCAGAACUUGGUGAACGGCUGUAUUAACUUAGCCACAUCGCAACAUCAGACUCAUUCUGUUCCUAACAGUUCAGCAGUUGCACAGUCUGUGAAUAAAACUGUUACAAUGCAUCCUCCCCUAGUGAUAAAACAGGGUACAACAACUGGUCAAGUGGGCAUGCAGUCAGGAUUGGUGACUGUGCCUUUGACUGUGAGUUCAAGUAUGCCUGGCUCCAUGUCCAAUGUCAUGCUUAAUAAGCCUGGAGGGCAGAAUGUAGUUGUGACCUCACAGAAUUUGGGUUCAGCCCAGCAGGCCAUAAUUCCUAAUGUUCAGAUCUUGAACAUGAGGCCAGGUGCACCUGCAGUUGCAGCUCAGAAGUCCGUAGCAACAGUUUCUCCGAGAGUUGUAAUUGGCACUCCACAAGUUGUUGGUGCUAGAGCUGCAGCACCUGGGAUAACGCUGCAAACUCUACAAAGUCUUCAACCGGGGCAGCCGGGUCAUUUGUUGUUAAAGACUGAGAAUGGUCAAUACCAGCUGCUGCGGGUAGGGCCGGCGCCCACGGCCAGCACCCUAACGGCUCCGCAGACUCAGACCAUCCGUCUAUCCACCGUGCCGGCACUGCCGGGUGUAGCGACGGUGUCAACGAGUGUGGCCACGCCGGGGCAGAUGCCGGGGCCCCUGCCUUCAGGCCCGGUGGCCGCCCCGGUGGCCGCCCCGGCGCCAGCCACCGUGGCACCGGCCACUCCACCGCCUCAACCGCCAACGGUUACCACACAAAAACCGUCUGACAACACCAAAGAGAAAUGCCGCAACUUCCUAGCCAAUCUCCUAGACCUGUCAAGCAAGGAACCGAAGUCGGUGGAGAUGAACGUGAGGAAUCUCAUCCAGGAACUGAUUGACGCCCAAGUAGAACCAGAGGAGUUCUGUGAUCGGCUUGAACGACUCCUGAAUGCUAGCCCUCAGCCAUGUCUUAUAGGGUUUCUAAAACGAAGUCUGCCAUUGCUGCGUCAGUCAUUGGUAACCAAGGAACUGGUGAUCGAGGGUAUCAACCCUCCCGCACCACACAUAGCUUUUUCCAGCGUACCAGCCCCAACACAACCGACAGUUGUUGCAACUUCUAAUGUGCAAAUGCAAAAGCCGACCGUCAAGUCGGGCAGCUCUAUAGCCGUCCUGCAAAACAUACCGCUCCACACGAAGAUCAACGUGAACAAAGUCACGAGUAAAGGGAUGACCCUGAACAACAAAGCUAAUUUCUCCCGUGCGGCAGUCACUUCAACUGGCCUCUCGACCAUCCUCACACCGGGCAAAUCCUUAUUGAAGGACAAAGAGAAGAAGUCGACGAUGCAGUUCGCGUCGCAACCGUUCGCGGACGACAAAAUGGCCGGCGACGACGACAUAAACGACGUGGCCGCUAUGGGAGGAGUCAAUUUGGCUGAGGAGUCACAAAGGAUUUUGGGCUCCACUGAGCUAAUUGGCACACAGAUACGGUCAUGCAAAGACGAGUAUCUUGUGCCAAUGUCAGUGAUGCAGUCUCGUUUGAAGGCGGCAGCGGCUCGGCUCGGCUUAGAAGAGCCUUCUCCGGAGGUGGCUGGUCUUAUCAGCCACGCGGUCCACGAGAGGUUGAAGAAUCUCGUGGAGAAACUGGCUGUCAUUGCACAACACAGGAUUGACGUUAUAAAGCAGACUGACUCACGUUAUGAGAUCACACAAGACGUGAAAGGCCAGUUGAAGUUCCUUGAAGAAUUGGACCGAGUGGAGAAGAAGAGGAGGGAGGACUCUGAGCGCGAAAUGUUGCUCAGAGCUGCUAAGUCUCGCUCCAAGAACGAGGAUCCUGAGCAGGCCAAGCUGAAGGCUAAGGCAAAGGAGAUGCAACGCGCAGAGCUGGAGGAACUAAGGCAGCGUGAGGCGAACUUGACGGCUUUACAGGCCAUUGGGCCCAGGAAGAAGCCCAGACUGGAUUUACCUGGGGGCUCUGGAGACACUGUGUCCAAUGGCACUGGACAAACCAACACUGGAUUUACUGGCCGCAGCCACUUGGCGCUCCGCACUAGACUAAAGCGGAUCAAUCAACGGGAUAUGGUCUUCUUACUCGAACAAGAAAGGGAAACUGCACACUCCAUGAUGCUCUUCCGUAGUUAUCUAAAGUGACCCUAUCGGGGCAUCCAAGUGCCCCCACGGGUACAAUUGGAGAACAGUUCUACAGUUCUAUCGGAUGAAGAUGAGUGAAGCAUUCAAAACCUGAACGAUCUGUGUUUGAUCGAUUUGUGAUAACAAUGUGCUUAAUAAAGUGUAGCCGGUUGGCUAGUUUAGGUUAAAAGGGACAUUUUUAGUUAGGUUCCAUGAUUAAAUUUCUCAGCAUAAGUAUCAGAAUAUUUGUUAAGAUUGUUGAUGUUAUUUAAUUAUUUGGACCUUACAUAUGACAUUGGCGUUUGGUAUAGGCGUAACAAAAUGUCGAAUAUUUUGUAAUAUAAUAUAUUUAUUUAAUCAAAGUAAUAACCAUUAUUAUCUGUGCACUUUUGCCAACUCAUAGGUAGUUCGUUGAUCCGUCGUCGUCAUCGUUUGGUUGGCUGGCAGGGUCCAGCCAUUGCGAUGAGCGUUUCCGAUUUUCGUAGGGAAUCAACUUUUCAUCACAGAUGUUGAUUUGAUUUGAAAACCUUUCAUUAUUGUUCCGGUUAAGUAAUGUAAGGCAGCAGUCGUCACGCGUUUGCCGGAUUGCUUCACUCAAUUCGUGAGGUACCCACCUUUCAAGUUUCUUUAUCUUCCAUUCUUCUUGCUUCAAGUGGAUUUAAAUAGUUUUAUCACUAAUACCAAAGCCUGAAUAGCUUCAAACGUGUUUUGGAUCGAUGGAUCCGCUUCCGCAAUAGCCUUCAAUUCUUUAUUAUCAACUAAGGUCUCCGGCCGUCGCACGGGGCUUGUUCUGCAGGUCAAAAACUCCAGAACGAAAACGUUGGAACAAAAAACGCACUGUGUUUUCUAUUGCGACACGACCGCCUUACACGUCAUUAACCGUUCGAACCGUUUCCGCAGCACUGGUGCCACGGUGGAAAUCGUACUCUUAAAUAACACUGAGUGAGAAUAAAACAAAUUAAUGACGGGCAACGAAACACAAUACAUGUGUAAAUAGCUGUGUAAUUUGUAUUUGUAAUUCCUAACCAAAGAGGAGAAAUUUGUGAUUUUAGUGGCCAAUACAACUAAACACCAAUUUUAUAUGUAAGGACCUAAUAUAAAUAUGGAAGAUGAUAUCCCUUCUCACUUAUAACUGACAAAUUUAUUUUUUGCCAACAACUGUAAGAAACAUGAUACAUACACGGAGGCCUACAUGGAAAUGGUUAUUAUAUCAUAAUGAUAAUUCAUUUAAUUUUAAUCAUUUAAGAUUAUAUAAUGAAUAGUGGACGACAAAAACUCGAUAAUUUUGUUGUAAUUUUAAUAACUCUUUUUGUUAUAAUGUCGAUUUAUUGAAAUCAUGACAGAGAUAAGUGAAUUAUAUCUGGGGCAAUGUAAAUAUGCCUUUGCACGAAUUGGAAUUUUUUAUUGCUAAUUCUUAUAGACAAUAAAUCCCUGUUUUGAAAGCUACAAUAUGUAGGUAUGUAAUACUAUAUAAUUACACUUUGGGUAUGUUUCAAGUGAGUAAAAUUUUCUGUGGCCAAAUUGGUCAUUAUAUUUGUUAAGGAGAAAAUCUUGUUUUUUUAUUCUUACAAUAAAAAUGUUAAAGUAGUAUAGUUGUAAAGAGAUGUGUAAAUGUUUUAUUUGAUAUAAUAAUUUUAAGAUAUUGUAAAAUUAAAAUCAAGAUAAUAUUUGUUGUACUUUUCAAGCAUGAAUUGUAAUAUAUUAGAUAAGUAUAACAUUGUAAAUAAAAUGUUAUUCUUUUUAUUAGUACAUUCCCGAAAUAUGUUAUCAAUAGUAGGAUAAAUUAAUCAUCCGAAUUUUCCGGAUGUAACAAAAAUCUAAAUAAAAAUAUCACAUCUUGUUACUACAUGAAAAUUUAUGCAAUCCCAUAUUUUCACUUCUAAUCGCUGAACUAGUAUUUAUUAUUUUUCCUUCAACAUUCUAAAUAGACAUUUUAUAUCAUGGUAUCAAAUUGUUUCAAGACUGUGAAAAUUACAUAACACUAAGUUUUUGUUUUAUUAAAUAUUAUCUAAACUUAA